CUUGGCCAAAACGCCACCGGCCAUCUGCUUUUCGAGUCAUUGGUGCAGUGCCCGUGCUCUGGCCGCGGUGGUGACCGCGGGGGGAGCAGACCGCGGUGGCUGCGCCCCCCCAUGGAGCGGCUGGCCGAGCUCCUGGAGGACGACUUGGACGCGCUCGCCACGCGCACGAAGCGCCUCACGGCGGAGGAGCUGGAUGCCGUUUGCCAGUUGGCGGAGCAAGCCAUCCACAUGGGGAUCGAUUACAGAUCCUUGGGCAUCGGCUGGCACCACCCGGCCUCGCGCAGCGCCUACCGCGCGGGCCGGCACCGCUCCAUCGCCUGCGAGGCGUCGCGGCGGCGGGCGGCGGAGUCGCGGCAGCGGCUGCGGAAGCUGUUGGAGGCAGAUGAUCUACGGACGGGUCUAGUGCAGACCUUUGUCGCAGAGAUCGGCGCCGCGCGCAGCCCGCUGGCUGCCGUGGCCAGCUUCGAGGGCGUCGUGGCCGCGCUGCGCGGAGAGCUGCUGCUGCCGCUGCGCGCGCUGAACGAGUGCGAGUUGACACGGACCAUGAACGGGGCGCCGUUGCCCAGCAAGGAGCUGCGCAAGGUCACUGAGGAGUUGAUCAAAGCGGUCCUUGGCAAAGAGGGCGGCUUCCCCGACUGGCGCUACAACUCUCCCUGCGGCCAGGAGCAGCUGAGGGGCUUGACGCCGCAGCAGAUCGAGCACUGGCGACAGCCGACGGCCAUGGAGCACCGGAGAGGUCUGGUGACCCACGAAGAUGGUCCCGGAGAGCUGGGCUUCUUCUGGGCCACGAAGAUCGGAGGUCCCUCGCACGGCUUCGACUACGAGACGCAGUGCAUUUUGCCCUUGCUGUGCAAUGCGCGGCACAAGGUCAUCUUGGUGCACGAGCCCUCGUGGCCGACGCAUCCGGUGGGCCGGGCGCACUGGCGAUUUCUUUGGUCGGUGGGCAAGAACGGCAAGAAGGCGCCUUCGCUGCGGCUGUGGCUGGAGACCGUGAACGCCGACUUCGACGCGCCGGUGACGAAGGAGGGCUGGGAGCCGGCGGUGCUGAGCCACGCGAUUGCCAAGGCGGAGGAGAUGAAGGUCACCUUGUCGGUGGACACGAUGCUGGGCGAUCUCCUGCAACGGCUCCUGGACACGAGCGGCGCGACCGCGGUGGAGGUCGCCGAGCGGAUCCUGCUGCGGCCGAGCCACGCCAUCGUGGAGGCCUCGGAUUACCUCAGUUAUCAACAUGACUGGGUUCAAGACAAGGACGAGAUCACCGAGCCCAUCCCCCGGGCUCUCUACCAACCCGUGACCGCCCGCGGUCACGAGUGACCGCGCGGAGCUCCGUGACCGCUCGCCGUGCCCCAAAAAGGUGGCGCCGAGUGAAGCGGCGCCGUUGCAUCGCCGGUCCUGUUCCGGUGGAUCCUGCAGGGGAGGAGGGACCGUCUGGGUGAGAAAACGAAAGAGAAUGCCAAACAGCUCCUGGGAUGCAGCUUUGUUGUGAUGGAAGGUUACGAACUGCCAAGACUCUUCGUGAGGCAUUUCUUGAUUGAGUGAGGUCAUCGGAAGAGAACGGAAAUCAUUCGGAUGUGUAUUCGGAAUUGGGGAGUUGAAAGACACCACUCAUGCCAUCCACAAAGGUCAGUCACUGCAGCCCAAAGCACCAUGUGUUUCACCAUC